AUGAAACUGUCACUAAUGUCAAAUUAGUACAUACUUAUCUGUGGCAUGGUAUUGACAAAAAAAUCUCCACGAAGCUACAUUGUUUUGUUUUGAUUUACAAGUUAAAGUAUAGGAGUGAGUGAUGAGUGGGUCUGAUAAGAAACCAAAGAUCCCAGAGGCUCCAGCACCGGUUGCGCUACCUGGGAAUUUGCUGUCGAGUGUGGCCCCGCCGACACAACUUCCAAACUUCGUCACCACCAGUGAAGCAGCUCCAAAUGUACCAACUGGCCCUGUUCCCGUUCAGCCGGUCAUUGUUCAACAAGCAGCUCCAAUGCCAGAAAUCGAAGAGACAUUUAGCCCAGCAAUACCAUUCAGCAAAGGGGAGCCACUCAUGUCGAUAAGGUCUCCGGAAGACUCCCAAACUACACAGUCACCAGAAUCUCUGCCAGCCUCUACACCUGAGAUGGAUCAAAUUGGCGACAUAAUGCCCGGCAGUGGCAUAUUUACAUGGGUGAAGGGUGCGGUGUCCAGCGGAGGGCUGCUCCACCGAGUGGCAGAGAAGGCCAAGAAUUCCGUAGACUCCAUGAUCACCACCCUCGACCCCCAGAUGAAAGAGUAUUUGAAAAGCGGUGGUGACAUGUACAUAGUGGUAGCCUCCGACAAAGAUGUCAAGGUGUCCCCGAUAAGAGAAGCAUUCCAGACUGUAUUUGGGAAAGCCACAGUUGUCGGCUUUUCAGCCCAAAGCGACGUGACAGCGGAGCAACCCGUCGGAUAUGCGGCUGCGUACGCGGCGGCCAAACAGAGAAUCGCACAUAUCCGAUCAACACAUUCACAACUCACCAACAAUGUUCCUGUUGUAGCUGUCGAGGGGUUCCUACAGGAAGCUAUAAGCGACAAAUGGUACGACUUAUCCCUUCUAGUCUUAUCACAGCCGUCUCUGGGAAUCGAACUGCAACUCCAGAGUCAAGGCACGCCCGUGCCCGCCGCCGCGAUCUCCGCCAUUAAUGCCGCCACGCCGGAGCACUACCAACACUCGCAAACCGGAUUCAGCGUCACUGUUGGGUCUGUCAUGGCCGCUAGUCUGCAGGUCCCACACGCGCAAUGGCAAGAAGCGGCCACCGGCGUGUCGCGGAGAGAUACUUUAUUGUUAGCGGCGCGUUCUCUCGCCGGCUCCUACAAGAAAUUAUUAGCAGUUUCCGCCGCGGAGACCUAGUGAGCAGUGAGAGAUCUACUUGAGUUGCAAUAAGAUAACCGGCAGCGGUAUAAGCUGGAAUCUAUUACGUCGCGAUAAGUUAUAUAGUUUUAAUAUUGUUAUAUGGAUAUAAUAUAGAUAAGACUCGAAAUAAAUUAAUUUAUAUUGGGGCCA